CCAAAAACAAAAAAGGACCCAUCAAAGUCUUAGGGAUACCUGAAAAUGUGAUGACUAAUGGCACGAGAAUUUAAUUCCACAGUUGAAUGAAACAAAAGCCUCCCAACGCCCAGAGAAAAACAACACCAGCUUCCAUCUCUCUCUCUCUCUCUCUCUCUCUCUCUCUCUCUCUCUCUCUCUCUCGGGACUACUACUCCCUUCCUUUUAGAGUUCGUGUGUUUAUGGAAACCUGUUUGAAUCUGCAUCAAGCAAUCAUCGGAUGAAGAUAUUGAAAAUGAGAAGAUAGAUGCUCUUUUUUCAUCAAUGUUGCAGAAGCACAUCUUCAAAAUAAAUUCAAGUCUUUGCAUUUGACAUAGAGGAACAACAUUAAGCCAUGAUUGAGGGAUUAGAAAUUCGCGCUAACAGAAAGGGUGACAAAAUUAAUGAACAAGUGGAAAACACAUCGUCGUCAUCGGUCUCUUUGCAAAAAAUUACUUCAUUCGACUUGAACGAGGAAGCAGACAAUGGGGAAGAGGAUGGCGUGGCGGAUGAUAUCAAGAAGAAGAAUUUAGCUGAUAAUAGUAGCUCAAGAGAAAGAGGAAAUGAAUCGAAGGCGACGGCUCGGCAAUAUGUACGAUCUUCAACGCCUCGGCUCCGGUGGACACCUGAUCUCCAUUUUUCUUUUGUGCGUGCUGUUGAAAGGCUUGGUGGACAAGAUAAAGCUACUCCUAAAUUAAUUUUGCAGUUGAUGAAUGCUAGAGGACUUAGCAUUGCCCAUGUGAAAAGCCACCUGCAGAUGUACCGAAGUAAGAAGCUCGAUGCUUCUGGACAAGUGCUAUGUGAAAGAAGUCGAUCAAUGAAAGAAAGGGAUAUUCAUACUCCCAAUUUUUUCUAUGAAAGAACCCAUCCUCUUCAACGUUUCAGAAUGGAAAAUGGUGGAAUCGUACUAGAAAGGAAUCCUCAUGAAGGUUAUGGUCUUCCAUUCAAUUUCAAAUCUACUUUCUCAAGCCAGCAGGAAUGGAUUUCCAAUCAUCAGCACGCUGUGAACAAGCUGCCAGUUUAUUCGACUAGCAAAAAUCAUGGAAAUGGCAACAAUUGGAAUAUAUUUUCAAGAAAUAGGCCACCCACUAGACCUAGCCAGUUUCUUGAAGAAAAGAAGUGGCCUCCACGUGGCUUUUCCCACAAUCAUUGCUACAGUAGAAGGGUACCUAGCAUCAGUACUGCUACUGGUUCGCCAUCCAAAUGGAACUUCACAAAUAGGUCAAAAGUUUCGCACAUUCAAUCUAAUUUACCGGAUCCUAAGACCAACAUUUCCAAUAUUUGUGGGAAUUCGCCAUUUCAGGAGAAAAGGUUGAAGCACAAGGAAUGGUUGCCGGAUUUGCAAAAGGGAUUGAACCAAAGAGUUGGAAACAAUCAUGAGGACAAGUCUUGUGGGAAGAGCAUGCAAGAGAUUAACACUGUGCUUUCUCUUUCCUAAUUUAUCCUCUUAUUCCUUAAGGGGAAAAAAAUGCAACCACACGUGCAAAAAAGGAAAUUUGAAACAGACAUUAUUAUUAUUAACGUUAUUAUGAGCUUAUGCAAAUAGCAUAGACUGGGGAUGAGUACUGGAGAUCUGACCCCAUGCAUGUUAUAGAGCCUAGCAUAGGAGUGAGAUCUUAUCAGUGCUUGUCUUAAAUGUCAUAGCAGUAUUUUUUUCUGGGUUGGCGUCUUGUUG